AUGGACAGAAACAUGAAAUUAAAUAACAUAAGGAAGAAAGGGCAAAAUAUAGAAUGGACAAAAGGACAUAAAGAUUCCAGAUCGGUAGGACUGAAGGACGAAAGGAUGAAAGCACGAAAUUACGAAAGAACGACGAAAGGACGAAAUGAUCAAAAGACCAACGGACGGAAGGUCGAAAGGACGAAAGGUGAAAAGGGCGGAAAGACAGAAGGACGAAAGCUCAAAAUGAUGAGGGGGCGGAAGGACGGAAGGACGAAAGGACGAAAGAACGAAAGAACGAAAAGACUAAAGGACGAAAGGACGGAAGAACGAAAGGACGAAAAGACGAUAACACGAAAGGACGAUUGGACAAAAAAACAAAAGGACCAAAGGACGAAAGAACGAAAGGACGAUAACGCGAAAGGACGAUAA